CAAAGUAGGGGGGGGCGGAGUGAAACUGCCGGAAACCGGGACGCGGCCAGGAGGGAGCCACGGGCAAGGGAAGCCUCCGGGCAGCCUGAGGAAUGGAGUUUUCAGGCUGCGGGGCCGGCUAUCUUUGAGGAAAGAAGGGGAGGUCGGGCUCCAAGUGCCCCCCCCACACACACCUUAUGUCCGCCUCCCUAGACACCAACCCGCGGCCGCCUCCUGCCCCUCUUCCCUUCCGGACCCCGCUUUCGGUUUCCCGAGCUCCGGCAGCGGCCAGGGCUGCGUCGGGCCGCGGGCGCCGCUGCUCCCGCUGGCCACGGGGCGAGCGUCUGGCAGGUCCAAGGGUAGCCAAGGAUGGCAGCAGCUUCAUAUGAUCAGUUGUUAAAACAAGUUGAAGCACUGAAGAUGGAGAACUCAAAUCUUCGACAAGAGCUAGAAGAUAAUUCCAAUCAUCUAACAAAACUGGAAACUGAGGCAUCUAAUAUGAAGGAAGUACUUAAACAGUUACAAGGAAGUAUUGAAGAUGAAGCAAUGGCUUCGUCUGGACAAAUUGAUUUGUUGGAGCGUCUCAAAGAACUCAACUUGGACAGCAGUAAUUUCCCUGGAGUGAAGCUUCGGCCAAAGAUGUCUAUUCGUUCCUAUGGAAGUAGAGAAGGUUCUGUAUCAAGUCGUUCAGGAGACUGCAGUCCUGUACCCAUGGGAUCAUUUUCUAGAAGAGGUUUCAUGAAUGGAAGCCGAGAAAGCACUGGAUAUUUAGAAGAACUUGAGAAAGAAAGAUCACUACUACUUGCAGAACUUGAAAAAGAAGAAAAAGAAAAAGACUGGUAUUAUGCUCAGCUUCAAAAUUUAACUAAAAGGAUAGAUAGUCUUCCUUUAACAGAAAAUUUCUCUUUGCAAACAGAUAUGACUAGGAGGCAGUUGGAGUAUGAAGCAAGACAAAUCAGAGCCGCAAUGGAAGAGCAGCUAGGUACUUGUCAGGAUAUGGAAAAACGAGCACAGUUAAGAGUGACUAGAAUUCAGCAAAUUGAGAAAGACAUAGUUCGCAUACGACAGUUAUUACAGUCCCAACAUACAGAAGCAGAGAGGGCAUCUCAGAACAAGCCUGAUCAUGCCUCCCAUGAAGCAGAGAGGCAGAAUGAAGUCCCAGGAGCAGCAGAAAUCAACAUGGCACCUUCUGGUAGUAAUCAGGGUUCUGUUGCACAAGUGGAUCAUGAAACAGCCAGUGUUAUAAGUGCUAGUAGUACUUAUUCUGUUCCUCGAAGGCUGACAAGUCAUCUGGGUACCAAGGUGGAAAUGGUUUAUUCAUUGCUGUCGAUGCUUGGUACUCAUGAUAAGGAUGACAUGUCACGAACUUUGCUAGCUAUGUCUAGCUCCCAAGACAGCUGCAUAUCUAUGCGACAAUCUGGAUGUCUUCCUCUCCUUAUCCAGCUUUUACAUGGCAACGACAAAGACUCUGUAUUGUUGGGAAAUUCCCGAGGAAGUAAGGAAGCUCGUGCCAGAGCCAGUGCAGCACUCCACAAUAUCAUUCAUUCACAGCCUGAUGACAAGAGAGGCAGGCGUGAAAUCCGUGUCCUUCAUCUUUUGGAACAGAUUCGAGCUUACUGUGAAACCUGUUGGGAAUGGCAAGAAGCCCAUGAACAGGGCAUGGAUCAGGACAAGAAUCCAAUGCCAGCUCCUGUUGAACAUCAGAUCUGCCCUGCUGUGUGUGUUCUAAUGAAACUUUCAUUUGAUGAAGAACACAGGCAUGCAAUGAAUGAACUUGGUGGACUACAGGCCAUUGCUGAAUUAUUACAAGUAGACUGUGAAAUGUAUGGGCUUACUAACGAUCACUACAGUGUUACGUUAAGACGGUAUGCUGGAAUGGCUCUGACAAACUUGACUUUUGGAGAUGUAGCAAAUAAGGCUACUCUGUGCUCUAUGAAAGGCUGUAUGAGAGCUCUUGUAGCCCAAUUGAAAUCUGAAAGUGAAGACUUACAACAGGUCAUUGCAAGUGUUUUAAGGAAUUUGUCUUGGCGAGCUGAUGUGAAUAGUAAAAAAACUUUGCGUGAAGUUGGAAGUGUAAAAGCAUUAAUGGAAUGUGCUUUGGAAGUUAAAAAGGAAUCGACCCUCAAAAGCGUACUGAGUGCCUUAUGGAAUUUGUCAGCACAUUGCACUGAAAAUAAAGCUGAUAUCUGUGCUGUUGAUGGUGCUCUUGCAUUUUUGGUUGGCACACUAACUUACCGGAGCCAAACAAAUACUUUAGCCAUCAUUGAGAGUGGAGGUGGGAUACUAAGGAAUGUGUCUAGCUUGAUUGCCACAAAUGAAGACCACAGGCAAAUCUUGAGAGAAAACAGUUGCUUACAGACUUUGCUACAGCACUUAAAGUCUCAUAGUUUGACAAUAGUUAGCAAUGCAUGCGGCACUUUGUGGAAUCUCUCAGCAAGAAAUACUAAAGACCAAGAAGCAUUAUGGGACAUGGGGGCAGUUAGUAUGCUUAAGAACCUAAUUCACUCAAAGCACAAAAUGAUUGCUAUGGGCAGUGCUGCUGCAUUAAGGAACCUAAUGGCAAACAGACCUGCAAAGUAUAAAGAUGCCAAUAUUAUGUCUCCUGGUUCAAGCUUGCCAUCUCUUCAUGUUAGAAAGCAGAAAGCACUGGAAGCAGAAUUAGAUGCUCAACAUUUAUCUGAGACUUUUGAUAAUAUUGACAAUUUAAGUCCCAAGACAUCUCAUCGUAAUAAACAGAGACAUAAGCAAAAUUUAUAUGGUGAAUAUGUUUUUGAUAUUAAUCGUCAUGAUGACAGUAGGUCAGACAAUUUUAAUACUGGAAAUAUGACUGUACUUUCACCAUAUUUGAAUAAUACAGUAUUGCCUGGAUCCUCUUCAUCAAGGACGAGUUUGGAAAGCUCUCGUUCUGAAAAAGAUCGGAGCCUAGACAGAGAACGAGGAAUUGGACUAAGCACCUUUCAUCUAGCAACCGAAAAUUCUGGAAAUCCUUCAAAGCGUAUAGGAAUGCAGAUUUCUACCACUACAGCACAGAUUGCUAAAGUCAUGGAAGAAGUAUCAGGAAUUCAUGCACAAGAAGACCAAAGUUCAGGAUCUACAACAGAAUUACAUUGUGUAGCAGAAGAGAGAAGCACAUUAAGAAGAGCAUCUGCUGCCCAUUCACAUUCAAACACUUACAACUUUACCAAAUCAGAUAAUUCAAACAGAACAUGUCCUAUGCCAUAUACCAAAAUUGAAUAUAAAAGAUCUUCAAAUGAUAGCUUAAAUAGUGUAAGUAGCAGUGAUGGCUAUGGCAAAAGAGGUCAAAUGAAACCCUCUGUUGAAUCCUAUUCUGAAGAUGAUGAAAGUAAAUUUUGUAGUUAUGGGCAGUAUCCAGCUGAUUUAGCUCAUAAAAUUCAUAGUGCAAAUCAUAUGGAUGAUAAUGAUGAAGAAUUAGAUACCCCAAUAAAUUAUAGCCUUAAAUAUUCGGAUGAACAGUUAAAUUCUGGAAGACAGAGUCCUUCACAGAAUGAGAGGUGGGCAAGACCAAAACAUAUAAUAGAAGAUGAAAUCAAACAAAAUGAGCAGAGACAGCCAAGGGGUCAAAACACACCCUUUUCUGCAUAUAGCGAAAGCACUGAUGAUAAGCAUAUUAAGUUUCAGUCAUGUUUUGGACAGCAAGAAUGUGUUUCUCCAUAUAGAUCAAGGGGAGCCAGUGGUUCAGAACAAAAUCGAGUGAGUUCAAAUCAUGGAACUAAUCAGAAAGGUAACCAGUCUUUGUGUCAUGAGGAUGAUUAUGAUGAAGAUAAACCAACCAACUAUAGUGAACGUUAUUCUGAAGAGGAACAGCAUGAGGAAGAAGACAGACCCACAAAUUAUAGCAUAAAAUAUAAUGAAGAAGAACAUCAUGCAGAUCAACCUAUUGAUUAUAGUUUAAAGUAUGCAGCAGAUAUUACUCCCUCCUCACAGAAGCCAUCUUUUUCAUUCUCAAAGAGCUCAUCUGUACAAAGUAAUAAAACAGAUCACAUCUCAAGUGGUGGGAAUACAUCAACUGCUUCAGCUAGUACCAAAAGGCAGAAUCAACUUCUUCCAAGUUCAGCACAGAAUAGAAGUGGUCACACUCAGAAAACGACCUCUUGUAAAGCUCCUUCUAUUAACCAGGAAACAAUACAGACUUACUGCGUGGAAGAUACACCAAUAUGUUUUUCAAGGUGUAGUUCAUUAUCUUCUUUGUCAUCUGCUGAAGAUGAAAUAGGACGUGAUCAGACAACCCAAGGGACAGAGACUACCAAUAGCCUACAGAUAGCAGAACUGAAAGAAAACAGUGGAAGUGUAUCAACUGAUGAUACAGUAAGUGAAGUGCCAUCAACAUCACAACAUAUUCAAACCAAAGCCAGCAGACUCCAAACUACAAGUUUAUCUCCUUCAGACUCAACCAGACAUAAAGCUGUUGAAUUUUCCUCAGGUGCCAAAUCUCCAGCCAAAAGUGGUGCUCAGACACCCAAAAGUCCACCAGAGCAUUAUGUUCAAGAAACUCCGCUCAUGUUUAGCAGAUGUACUUCUGUCAGUUCACUUGAUAGUUUUGAGAGUCGUUCAAUUGCAAGUUCUGUCCAAAGUGAACCCUGCAGUGGAAUGGUAAGUGGCAUUAUAAGCCCUAGUGAUCUUCCAGAUAGUCCUGGACAAACCAUGCCACCAAGUAGAAGUAAAACUCCACCUCCUCCUCAAACAGUACAAACUAAAAGAGAAACAACAAAAAGUAAAAUACCUAACACUGAAAAGCGAGAAAGUGGACCUAGGCAAGCUGCUGUAAAUGCUGCUGUUCAAAGAGUCCAGGUGCUACCUGAUGCUGACACCUUGUUACAUUUUGCUACAGAAAGUACUCCUGAUGGAUUUUCUUGUUCAUCUAGUUUAAGUGCUCUGAGUCUUGAUGAACCUUUUAUACAAAAAGAUGUAGAAUUAAGAUUAAUGCCCCCUGUGCAGGAAAAUGACCAUGGAAAUGAAACAGAGCCUGAGCAGCUAGAAGAUAUAAGUGAAAUCAAGGAGAAAAAAACAGAGAAGCCUACUGAAUCCGAGAAAGAUAUACUGGAUGACUCAGAUGAUGAUGAUAUUGAAAUAUUAGAAGAAUGUAUUAUUUCUGCUAUGCCAACAAAAUCUUCACAUAAAGCCAAAAAGCCUUCCCAACCUGCUUCAAAAAUACCACCUCCAGUGGCCAGGAAACCAAGUCAGUUGCCUAUAUACAAACUUCUUCCUUCACAAAACAGGUUGCAUGCUCAAAAACAUGUUAGUUUUACUCCUGGAGAUGAUAUGCCACGGGUAUAUUGUGUAGAAGGCACACCUAUAAACUUUUCCACAGCUACAUCUCUAAGUGAUCUCACGAUAGAAUCGCCUCCAAAUGAGUUGACUGGUGUAGAAAGCACCAGUACAAGGGCACAAUUAGGAGAUUUUGAAAAAAGGGAUACCAUUCCUACAGAAGGCAGAAGUACAGAUGACAUUCAAAUAGGAAAAAUUUCAAAUGUAAAUACUUCUGCAUUAGAUGACAACAAAACAGAAGAAGGUGAAAUCCUUGCUGAAUGCAUUAAUUCAGCUAUGCCUAAAGGAAAGAGUCACAAGCCUUUCCGUGUAAAGAAGAUAAUGGAUCAGAUUCAACAAGCUUCCACAUCUUCAUCUGGAAAUAGUAAGAACCCACUAGACAGUGAGAAAAAGAAACCUACAUCACCAGUAAAACCAAUGCCACAAAAUGUUGAAUAUAGAAAUCGUAUAAGAAAAAAUGCAGAAUCAAAAAAUUUGAAUAUUGAGAGAUCUUACUCAGAUAACAAAGAUUCAAAGAAACCAAUCCUGAAAAACAAUUCAAGAGACUUUAUUGAUAAGAUUCCAAAUAAUGAAGAGCGUGUGAGAGGAAGUUUUACUUUUGAUUCUCCACAUCACUAUACGCCCAUUGAAGGAACUCCUUACUGCUUUUCACGAAAUGAUUCUUUGAGUUCUCUUGAUUUCGAUGAUGAUGAUGUUGACCUUUCUAGGGAAAAGGCAGAGUUGAAAGGAAAAGAAGCUAAGGAAACAGAAGCUAAAGUUAGUAAUCAUAUAGAGCUAACAUCAAAUCAACAGUCAGAUAAUAGAACACAGAUUUGUACAAAACAUCCAAUAGAUCGAGGCCAAUCUAAACCCUUGCUGCAAAAGCAGUCCACUUUUCCUCAGUCAUCCAAAGAUAUGCCAGACCGAGGAGCAGCUACAGAUGAAAAGUUACAGAAUUUUGCAAUUGAAAAUACCCCAGUUUGUUUUUCUCGUAAUUCAUCUCUGAGUUCUCUUAGUGACAUUGACCAGGAAAAUAACAAUAACAAAGAAAGUGAGCCUACUAAACCGACUGAACCACCUGACUCACAGGUGGAACCAAAUAGACCUCAGACAUCAGGUUAUGCUCCUAAAUCAUUCCAUGUUGAAGAUACUCCAGUGUGUUUUUCAAGAAACAGUUCCCUUAGUUCUCUUAGUAUAGAUUCUGAAGAUGACCUUUUGCAGGAAUGUAUCAGUUCUGCAAUGCCAAAAAAGAAAAGGCCUUCAAGAUUCAAAGGUGAUGAUGAAAAACCUGGUCCUAGAAACAUGGUUGGUAUAUUAGCAGAAGAUUUGACACUAGAUUUGAGAGAUAUACAGAGACCAGAUUCAGAGCAUGGUUUUUCUCCUGAUUCAGAGAACUUUGAUUGGAAAGCUAUUCAAGAAGGUGCAAAUUCUAUAGUGAGUAGUUUACAUCAAGCUGCUGCUGCUGCUUGUUUAUCUAGACAAGCUUCAUCUGAUUCUGAUUCCAUUCUUUCACUAAAAUCAGGAAUUUCUCUUGGAUCACCAUUUCAUCUUACACCUGAUCAAGAGGAUAAACCCUUUACAAGUAAUAAAGGGCCGCGAAUUCUAAAGCCUGGGGAGAAAAGUACAUUGGAAACUAAAAAAAUAGAGUCUGAAAAUAAAGGAAUCAAAGGAGGAAAGAAAGUUUAUAAAAGUUUGAUCACUGGAAAAGUUCAUUCUAAUUCAGAAGUUUCAAGCCAAUUGAAACAACCCCAACAAACAAAUAUGCCUUCAAUUUCUCGAGGAAGAACAAUGAUUCACAUUCCAGGAAUCCGAAACAGCUCUUCAAGUACAAGUCCAGUUUCCAAAAAGGGCUCAUCCCUCAAAACCCCAGCUUCCAAAAGCCCCAAUGAGGGACCAGCAUCCAGUACUUCUAGAGGAGCUAAGCCAUCAGUGAAAACAGAAUUAAGUCCUGUGACCAGGCAGACAUCCCAACCAGGUGGUUCAAGUAAAGGACCUUCUAGAUCAGGAUCUAGAGAUUCAACUCCUUCAAGACCAUCUCAGCAACCAUUAAGUAGACCUAUGCAGUCUCCAGGACGAAACUCAAUUUCUCCUGGUAGAAAUGGAAUAAGUCCUCCUAACAAAUUGUCUCAACUGCCACGGACAUCAUCCCCCAGUACUUCUUCAACUAAGUCCUCAGGUUCUGGGAAAAUAUAUGCAUCUCCAGGAAGACAGAUGAGCCAGCAAAACCUUACUAAGCAAACAGGUUUAUCUAAGAAUACCAGUAAUAUUCCCAGAAGUGAGUCUGCAUCUAAAGGACUAAAUCAGAUAAAUAACAGUAAUGGAACUAAUAAAAAAGUUGAACUUUCUAGGAUGUCUUCAACCAAGUCUAGUGGAAGUGAAUCUGACAGAUCAGAAAGACCUGUUUUAGUGCGCCAGUCAACUUUCAUCAAAGAAACUCCAAGCCCAACGCUAAGGAGAAAAUUGGAAGAGUCUGCAUCACUUGAAUCUUUGUCUUCAUCUUCUAGACCAGAUUCUCCUACUAAAUCCCAGGUACAGACUCCAAUUUUAAGUCCAUCCCUUCCUGAUAUGUCUUUAUCCACAAAUUCAUCCAUUCAGACUGGAAGUUGGCAAAAACUCCCACCUAAUCUUAAUCCUUCUAUAGAGUUUAAUGAUGGAAGAUCAACAAAGCGCCAUGAUAUAGCACGUUCCCAUUCUGAGAGCCCUUCUAGACUUCCAGUUAAUAGGUCAGGAACUUGGAAGCGUGAGCACAGUAAGCAUUCCUCAUCACUUCCUCGUGUAAGCACUUGGAGAAGAACUGGAAGUUCCUCCUCUAUUCUCUCUGCUUCAUCAGAAUCCAGUGAAAAAGCAAAAAGUGAAGAUGAAAAACAUGUAAGUUCACUUCUGGGAACAAAACAAACUAAAGAAAACCAAGGACCAGCAAAAGGAACUUGGAGAAAAAUAAAAGAAAAUGAAAUUACUCUCAUAAGUAAUGUUUCCCAGGUUACUUCCUCAGGUACUACAAAUGGUGCUGAUUCUAAGACUUUAAUUUAUCAAAUGGCGCCUGCUGUCUCCAAGACAGAAGAUGUGUGGGUAAGAAUUGAGGAUUGCCCCAUUAAUAACCCUAGAUCAGGAAGAUCUCCUACUGGAAAUACACCCCCAGUGAUUGAUAAUGUUGCAGAGAAGGUCAGUUCUAGUAAUAAAGAGUCAAAAGAUAAUCAAGGAAAACUAAAUGGGGGCAAUGGCAGCAGUGCUCCUGUUCGCACUAUAGGCUUAGAAAACCGUCUGAGUUCCUUUAUACAGGUAGAUAGCCCAGAUAAAAAGGCUACUGAAACAAAAUCAGGACAAGUCAAUCUUGUUCCUACACUAGAGACUAGUGAGAGUUCUGUUGCUGAGCGUACACCAUUCAGUUCCACCAGCUCAAGCAAGCACAGUUCACCUAGUGGAACUGUUGCUGCCAGGGUGACUCCUUUCAAUUACAAUCCAAGUCCUAGGAAAAGUAGUGCAGAUAGCAGUUCAGCCCGCCCAUCUCAGAUCCCUACACCAGUAAAUAACAGCACAAAAAAAAGAGAUUCAAAAACUGAAAACACAGAAUCUAGUGGAACUCAAAGCCCUAAGCGCCAUUCUGGGUCUUAUUUGGUAACUUCUGUUUAAAAGAACUAAAAUGUUAAAAUGAAGAAAAUUAUGCUUUAUUUGCAACUGCUAUAUAGAAAUUUUGUUUCAAAUGAAACUUUAAAAACUAAGAAUUUUUUUGUAAAUAGAUUGAUUCUUGCUAGAGGGUCUUUGUUCUGGAAGCCAUAUUUAAUAGUAUACUUUGUCUUCACUGGUCAUAUUUUGGAGGGACAUUUGAUAGUUUAGAGGAAAAUUGGUAAAGCAAGUAUAUUUGUACAGUAUGUUUUACAUGUAUUUAAGUAGCAUCCCAAACCAUGAUCCUUUAAUUAUUGCUUGUCUUAAAAUAAUGAACAUUACAGAUAGAGGGUACAAUAUAUUGCUGUGUAUCAAUCAUUGCUAGGUUAUAAAAUGACUAAACUUAUCAGGGAGAAAUUGGUAUUUAUGCAAAAAAAAAAACAACUCAACUCAGUUUAGUACUUGUGAGUCCAUCUAAUCCAGAAAUUAAUCAUGUGACUGUGAAAUUCACAGUAAUAUGGUUCUAGAUGAACAAAUUUACCCAGCCUGCUCUUCUGCAUGAGUGAAACUGAUGAUUCAAUUUCCGAAGUAAUGAUUAACAGUUCUAUGGUCACAAAAUAGAUAGCAAUGGUGUAAAAAUUUACACUAGUUUGUGUUUUUAAAAAAAAGGAAAUCUGUGUAACAAUAAAACCUUGAAUGAAAUUAUUUUACCUGAAUUAGAUUUUAUCUGAAAGUAGGUAGAAUUAAUUUUUGUUAUGCUGUAACUUGUUGUAUAUUCUGGUAUUUGAAGUGAGAUGGCUGCUCUUUUAUUAAUGAGACCUGGGUUAUGUCUCAACAGAAACUAAAUGAACAUUUUAGAAUAAAUUAUUACUGUAUGUAAACUGUGUGUUACUGAAAUCUGUAUUUGAAAGGUCUUAUUUCACAUUUGCUUAGUCAUUUUAAAAAUUAUGCAGUUUCUUCAAGCCCUAUGCAUUUAGAGUAAAAUUUCUCUUGCUGUAAAAAAGCAGCUUGUUGAAGAAACCUGUAUGGAUUAUUCAGUGGCACUUAUUCCUCAGUUUACUAUGUUCCUUUGUAUGAUAAGAUUUGAAAAUGCCUACCAAUGUUUCUUGCUGUUAAAUAGUUUUCCAUUUUUACUGUUUUCUGAAAGGUAAUCUUUCAUUAUAAAG